CCCGCUCAGCACGGCCAGUGUUGGCAGAAUAUGGCGCCGAAUACACCUGUGUGUCAUCUGAUAAUCAUUGGUUUGAUUCUGGUCAUUUAUCAGACGUAUCAUUGAGAUUAACUCAUGAAAGUAAGGCAACGAAGCCGGUCGUUAACCGGUGAACCGACGACGGAAACCACGGAGGGGUUCUUCUCUCGCUCUGACGUGUGGUGAACGUGACGCUCGCGGAGCUGCUGAACCUCCGCGUUCAAAACAAGCUUUAAGGAACACAAGUAGUUUCAUUACUUCGGAAACAACUUGUAUACGUUUUCAUGGGAGUUUGAGAUUCACUCGCAGUGUCUCAGUGACACAGAGAGUCCAACUGCCCGGAGGAAGCUAACGGCGCGUGUGUCCUACCUCAACAGCGAUGAACGCUGCUGGCGAACAAGACGUCCAAAUAAAAAGAGUGUCCUCGAGGAAAAGGUCAAGGGGCAGCCCAAAGACUCACCUGACACCUGCCGGGGAAAGGGGAGGAGCCACCGGCCACCGGCCCCGUCCCAACACCUGCAGUCUCAGCAGCAUCAUGUUCGAUGGAGCAGCUGCUCAGUACUGCAGCGACAGCGAGGACCUGUUCGGGGACUACGACAGCCUCCUGGAGGACGGCUCUCUGCUGGCGAAGCUGGAUGAGGCCGAGCAGAAGGCGAGGCGGAGCGAUCAGCCCGACUUCACCGCUCUGAGGCGCAGACAGUCGCCUGAAGAUGUCCUCACGGACUCCAUCAUGGACCUCCUGGGAGACGGACCCUCAGAGGACUUACCCGCCAGCCAGCGGCAGUUUAAAGAACUAAUCGACGGGACGGCAGAGAGGCUGCGGGACGGAGGGAAGACCUCCACCCCCGUCAGAGACCCUGAGAGGGGUACGGAGGAGGGAACCAGGAGGCCCAGGAGGAGCGUGGCGGACCAGAUGAAGAGGACGAUGCUCUGCAACGCCGCAGCUCCCUCCAGCGUCUCGCGCAGCGCCGUGUUGAAGGAAGCCGUGGUCUCCGAGGAGAUCGGCGUCGCCUUGCGGGCCAUGGAGACCAUCAUACCGGAGACCCCGGACCUCGGGCCUUUCUUUGGGCUCCCCACCAGAGUGAAGGAGCUGAUGUUCAAACUGAGAGGAAUCAAGGAUUUAUAUGACUGGCAGAAGACGUGUCUGAACCUGGACUGUGUCCAGCACAGGAGGAACCUCAUCUACUCUCUUCCCACCAGCGGAGGCAAAACUCUGGUUGCAGAGAUCCUGAUCCUCCGAGAGCUGCUUUGCAGGAGGAAAGACUGCCUGUUCAUCUUACCGUACAUAUCGCUGGUGCAGGAGAAGGUGCGUGGCCUAGCGAGCUUUGGCCUGGAGCUAGACUUCAUGGUGGAGGAGUACGCUGGCAGUAAAGGAAGAUUUCCUCCCGUGAAGAGAAGAAACAAUAGGUCGGUGUACAUCGCCACGAUAGAGAAAGCCCACAGCCUCGUCAACUCCCUGAUCGAGACCAGCAGGGUGGACGACCUGGGUCUGGUGGUGGUGGAUGAGCUUCACAUGCUGGGUGGCGGCAGCAGAGGAGCAAUCAUUGAGAUGACGCUGGCCAAAGUUCUCCACAUGACCAAAAGUACUCAGAUUAUCGGAAUGAGCGCCACUCUGGGAAACAUAAAAGACCUGCAGGCAUUUCUGAGGGCGGAAAAUUACACCAAUGACUUCAGGCCUGUCCAGCUGAAGGAGUAUGUUAAACUGAACGACACCAUCUAUGAAGUCGACCAGACAGAAGAGGAAUGUUUUAAAUUCUCACGUCUUCUGAACUUUAAGUACUCGAGCUCCAUGAAGAAGAUGGAUCCGGAUCACAUCAUCGCUCUGGUGACGGAAGUCAUUCCAGCACAUUCCUGUCUGGUCUUCUGUCCAACCAAGAAGAACUGUGAGAACGUUGUGGGCAUGAUCUGCAAGUACCUGAAGGAGGAGUUCCUGCAGCUGAGGAAAGCAGAGAAAGUCGUCCUCCUCAGAGAGCUGAAGGCCAGCGGGAGCGGCUCGGUGUGCCCGGUGCUCCGGAGGACGGUGCCGUACGGUUUGGCCUAUCACCACAGCGGGCUCACCUCGGAGGAGAGGAAGCUGGUGGAGGAGGCCUACUCCAACGGGGUGCUUUGCCUCCUCACCUGCACCUCCACGCUGGCCGCAGGGAUCAACCUUCCUGCCCGCAGAGUGAUCCUGCGCUCGCCGUUCGUGGCCGCCGACUUCCUGAAGCGGAGCCAGUACAAACAGAUGGUGGGCCGAGCCGGUCGAGCCGGGAUCGACUCCACGGGAGAGAGCGUCCUCAUCCUGCAGGACAAGGACAGGGACAUGGCUAAAACACUCGUUUGUGCUCCGAUGGAAAACUGCGUCAGCAACCUGCUGCUCGACGAUGGAAAAGGCCUCCUGAGUCUCAUCCUGUCGCUUGUUGGAUUGAACAUCUCCUCGUCGGUGGACCAGGUGCUGGACUUCCUGUGCGGCACGCUGCUGUUCGUCCAGCGGGAGCAGCUGUGUGUGGAGACGAGUCUGGCGGAGGCGGUGCGGCGGUGCGUGGGCCUCCUGGAGAGCAAAGAUCUCAUCACGGGGACAGCUCACGGCCAAAGUCUGCAGGUCACCAAGCUGGGAAGAGCCACCUAUAAAGGCUCAGUGGAUCUGACCUACAGCAACAUUCUGUACAAAGACCUCUCUCAAGGUCUGGAGGGUCUGCUGCUCAACAGCUGCCUCCACCUGGUCUACCUGGUCACACCUUACAACAUGAUCGCACAGUGCAAGACGGACUGGAUGGUGUACUUCAGACAGUUCACGCUGCUGUCGGCUGCAGAGCAGAAGAUGUCUGCGGCCGUCGGAGUGCCGGAGAGUUUCAUCGCUAGAAAAGCUGCAGGACAGACGGUGAGAAAGACUGUAAACAUGGAGGUGGUGAGUCGCAUGUAUCUGGCUCUGGUGCUGUUCUCGGUGCUGAAGGAGACCAGCUUGUGGAAGGUGGCCGAGCGGUUCCAGCUGAGUCGAGGCUUCGUCCAGAGUCUGCUGAGCUCGGCGGCGGCCUUCUGCUCCUGCGUGCUGCACUUCACGGAGGAGCUGGAGGAGUUCUGGCCGUUCAGGGCUCUGCUGACGGAGCUGACCCGAAGGCUGAGCUACUGCGUGACGGCUGAACUCAUCCCUCUGAUGGAGGUGGCCGGAGUCAUGGAGUCCAGAGCCAGGCAGCUCUACCACGCCGGCUACCGGACGCUGACUCACCUGGCGAACGCCGACGCCGACGUUCUCUCCAACGCGAUAGAACACCUGCUGCUGAGACGGGCCAAUCAGAUCGUGGCCUCGGCUAGAAUGACGUCUCUGUGUGUUCCAGAUGCUGCUGAAUGAAAAAGCUGCAGCUCUGCAGGAGGAAGUGGACGAGCUGCUGACGAAGCCUUCAGAUCAGCCGACAGCUGAAACACGACCACUCAUUUGAGUUUUACUCUUUGUUUAUUUGUUUACUGUUCAUUUAUUUUAAAUAUAAACCGUAUUAAAAUAAUAUUGAGUUCACUGAAAACCUUCAUUGGAAAUAAUAAUGUAGUUAAAGUAGUUUACUCCGUCUUUGUCUGUGUUAAUGUGCAUAUGUCUUGUGUUUUUUAUGUUGUUGGUUCAAAAUCAGCUCCUAUAAUUAAGUGUGUAGCAAAAAGACACUCAGACACUUAUGCACACAAAUGCCCCAUUGAAACCCAUUAAAACCAUUACAGAACCAAAUAAUUCAUACUAUUAUAUCAGCUUUUAAUCUAAAUUUCUGACUUCAAAACUAAAGUCACGAUGGAAGCUAACACGUUAUUCUCCUGGUGUCCACUAGGGGCAUUAAUAAUGUAGUAUAGAGAUAAUACAUGUUAUUCUCCUGGUGUCCACUAGGGGCAUUAAUACUGUAUUAUAGAGAUAAUACAUGUUAUUCUCCUGGUGUUCACUAGGGGGCAUUAAUAAUGUAGUAUAGAGAUAAUACAUGUUAUUCUCCUGGUGUCCACUAGGGGCAUUAAUACGUAUUAUAGAGAUAAUACAUGUUAUUCUCCUGGUGUCCAC